AAUCAUGUGCUGGUAACUCCUCUUCUCUCCGCCUCAUCUCCACCAGGAGAUAUCGCUGGGUAGAGAGGCGGGUUAUCUGUGCAAGUCUCUUGGGCUUAAAGAGAGCCGCCACUUCUGUCCAUUCGUCCACUCCGGAGCGUGCGUCAGGAGGGUGAUGGAGCAUGAGGCUCUCUGAUACCUGGCAGGGCAUCUUGAAUGAUUUGUGUGCUCUGUCCCCUGGGGGUUCUGGCCCCUUCCUGACUCCCUACCUCAACCCCUCCGGGGCUCACAGUGGAAGUCUGAAUUCAGGUCCUUCCCCCUAAAAAGGAAGAUAGAAAUAGGCUUGGGCUCAGAUCCAGGAAAAUGAAGAAACAAAGCAAGUGAUCCCGAAUUCCAUCAUUUGACAAACUCAUGGAGCUCCAGAAAGAGUGAAAAGAAGAUUCAACUGGCUGGGAGGUUUCUUUGCAUACGUGUUUCCAGAAUUGAGACACUCUGCCUCAAUAAGAACAACUCAGGCCUUGGGAGUCAUUCUCAGCGGUGCUCUGUGCAUCCUCAAGGGGUCAAGCGCUGGAGUGGACCACUGCAUUGUGAUGGGAAAUGAGAGGGGCGUGAUGCGGAUGCUGUUGGAAUGCAGUCUCAGUGACAAGUUGUGUAUUAUCCAGGAACAGCAGUAUGAAAUCAUCAUCAUCCCUACCUUCCUGGUUGGUACCUUCCUCAUCCUCCUCGGCGUCAUCCUGUGGCUUUUUAUCAGAGGACAGAGAGCCCAACAGCAGUCUCCAGGACCUCGAGGUGCUGCCCAUGUACCUUUAUCUGGGAACCUAAGCCAGGAAGCAGCAGGACCUGGGGAAACUGUGUUUGUACCACUUGAGGAGACCUCGGUGGAAAGCCUUCUGCGAACUUCUGCACACGCCCUGGCUAAGCUGCAGGUGCCCCGGGAGCAACUCUCUGAAGUUCUGGAGCAAAUCCACAGUGGUAGCUAUGGGGCCAUCUAUCGCACCACGAUGCACACUGGGAACCCUGCGAAGCCCAAGAGUGUGGUCCUCAAGAGUUUAAAAGAACCAACUGGGCUCCAAGAGGUGCAGGAUUUCUUAGGGCGAAUCCAAUUCUAUCAGUACUUGGGGAAGCACAAGAACCUGGUACAUCUGGAAGGCUGCUGCACAGACAGGCUGCCGCUCUACAUGGUAUUGGAGGAUGUGGCCCAGGGAGACCUGCUCAGCUUUCUCUGGACCUGUCGCCGGGAUGUGAUGACCAUGGAUGGUCUUCCCUAUGACCUCACAGAGAAACAAAUAUAUCACAUUGGGAAGCAGGUCCUUUUGGCUUUGGAAUUUCUCCAGGAGAAGCGUCUGUUCCAUGGCGAUGUGGCAGCCAGGAAUAUUCUAAUUCAGUGUGACCUCACUGCUAAGCUCUGUGGGCUGGGCCUGGCUUAUGAAGUUCUCUCCCGAGGGGCCAUCUCCUCCACUCAUGUUGUACCUCUCAAGUGGCUUGCCCCGGAACGGCUUCUGCUGAAACCAGCUGGCAUCAAAGGAGACGUCUGGUCUUUUGGGAUCCUGCUAUACGAGAUGGUGACUCUAGGGGCACCUCCAUAUCCUGAGGUCCCUCCUACCAAUAUCCUACAGCAUCUCCAAAGAGGGCAAAUCAUGGAGAGACCCAGUAGUUGCACACACACCAUGUAUGGUCUUAUGAAGUCCUGCUGGCGUUGGAGUGAGGACAGCCGCCCCUCACUUCGAAAGCUACACGCAUGUCUCGAAACUGCUGCUCAAAGUGCAAAUGACAAGGCUGUGUUGCAAGUCCCGGAGUUGGUGGUACCUGAACUGUACGCAGCUGUGGCGGGUAUCAGCAUGGAGAGUGUCUCCUACUGCACCAGCAUCUUCUGAAGGUCCUGGGACAACACCCACUUUGGGGAGAUUGUAUACUCUUGAAACCAGUUCCUCCAAGAGCAAAGACUUUUUAGUGGGAGUUAAAGGGAGAAAUGGGACAUGGAUCUUGAAUCUUCUCCUACACAUUUCCCUAGAAACCUGAAGUGAUGCUGGAUGAGGCUGCCCUCACCAUGUACCCUUGUGAUGGAGAAAUGCAGUUUCAUUUCUGCUGUCCCAAUUCUGAAGACACAGGGUAGAUGGGUUGGACAGUGUCGAUGCAAGGGAGGUUUUUACAAAUUUGCAAUCUUUGUUGCCACAUGGCAUAGAUAAGUUGGUCCCUCCUACCACAGGCUGGUUUCCUUUGAAACGUGCUUUUAUCUAGACUAUAGUUAAGGUCCAGAAAAUUGGAAUCAAAUGAGGGAAGAGAAAGUUGAUAAAGAAAUUGAUGAGAAGAAAAUGAAAGGUUCUAUUUUCUCAGGAAUAUAGAUAAGGACCAAGGUCCAUCCUUCACAGAGAAGGGAGAGGAAGGUCAUAUAGUUUUCCAUUUCUGGUCCAUUCAUGCAGGGAUGAAAGAGAACCAUUAAGGAAGAUUUCUGAGCUCACCCUAAGAUAUAAGCUCACCCUAUAUGGAGAGAUACAGUCCCCUUUUAUCUAAUUCUGAGAUAGGUAAAUCCUGUUAGUACUAUUCUAAGUAGAAGCUGGAGGGGUGAUUUCAUGAUUAAGAACAUUGGUUAUGUACCAUCCAUCAGGCUCACUUUCUGGUCCCUGUUAGAUUAGAGAAAUCAACCCUGAAUAUUUAUUGGAAGGACCAAUGCUGAAGCUGAAGCCUCAGUACUUUGGCCACUUGUGAAGAGCUGACUCAUUGGAAAAGACCCUGAUGCUGGGAAAGGUUGAGGGCAGGAGAAAGGGGCGACAGAGGAUGAGAUGGUUGGAUGGUAUCGCUGACUCAAUGGCCAUGAGUUUGAGCAAACUCUGAGAGAUAGUGAAGAACAGGGAAGCCUGGCGUGCUGCAGUUCACGGGAUCACAAAGAGUUGGGCAUGACUAAGUGACUGCACAAUGACAGAUAAGACUAUGGGGACUGAGCUCAGAGAGUCCAGUAGGGUUGAUGAUGAAUAGACUGCGUAUGUGUUUAAUAAAUGGGAAAUGUGGAAACCAGCGAGAGUGCUUACUAGCUCAGGAUGUCUUUAAGGAGCGCUAGAAAAAGCUGUAACCUGAGAUAGAAGGAUGGUAGGUUCUGAUUUUCAAUCAUUCAAUGAUGUACUGUGAAACUUAUUUCAUUAAAUUAAUAUUGAGUCAAAGUAUACAUUUUGGGUUAUACAGUUGUCAAAAUCUUGACAAUAAGGAGGAUGAAAGUAAAUAAAUGUGAAUUAAUGUCAACAGGAAAAUUCAAGAGACAAUCUACAUUGUCAGAAAAGAUUCCUCAUGUGUAGAAAGGGGAUAAUACCUACUUCACAGGGUUGUUGUGAGAAUGGAAUGAAAGGGUGUUAUUUCUACCACAUGUGGUGUACACUAUAUGACAAUAAAUAUUAAUUUCCUUACCUACCCCUUUACUAUCCUAGGUUCUCCUUCAUAUAUUUUUCAUUUAACAUCUGUGGUGACCAAGAAGAGAACCUUAGUCUGUCGGUUACAUUGCAAGGCAGGACAUACUUAAAGAUGAUGAUAUAGUACAAAAUUGUUGUUGUUGUUUAGUUGCACCUGACUCUUGUGACUCCAUGGACUGUAUCACCCCCAAGAUCCUCUGUCUAUGGGAUUUCCCAGGCAAGAAUACUGGAAUGGGUUCCUUCCCCAGGGGAUCUUCCCAACCCAGGGGCAAACCCACAUCUCCUGCAUUAGCAGGCGAAUUCUUUAUCACUGAACCACUGGGGAAGCCUAUAGUACAAAUACCACGACUGAAAUGAGGAAGUCAUUAUUUUUGUGUGAGUGUCUGGAUGACUACAGUCACCUCCCACUAUUUCAACAUACUGGAACU